UCACUCGCACAAGAAGGCAAUGAGGAACACUGUCACUUGCAUCUUUCUGGGUCUUGGAUUGGUAAUGGUCUGUGCAGAUAAGAAAGAAACAUGUGCUGCAGAAGGGUGGUUCAUGCGGCUUGUCUCACUUCUGAUGGGCAGAAAUUACAAUAAUUGUCAUAAUGAUGAUGAAUGGAACAGGAUAGGAUCAGAAAUUCCCCAUAACUCCCAAUUAGAAAAAGUGAUAAAAAAGAUCAAUUCAACUAAGUGCUCAAAUGAAAUAAAACCAGAAAACAGUUUAUACUGCUCAGUGAUGAAUCCUACCUUGACAUUCUUGAAACAUCUUGGUGGUACUGAAACCUCCUUGAAUGACUUGGUGGAUUCCUUUGAAAAGCUUUUUGACAAUCGUUCCCUCUGGGAUAUCAACUUAAAGAAGGAUUUUGUCACAGUUCUGCCCUGGGUUAUGGAGACAGUACGCUCAGUUGCACUAUUAACAGCUCUUGCACCUUCAGGAAAUAAAACCCAAACGGUGGUUCGAAACUCCAUGGUGAUCCAAACAUAUGUGAUCCAUCCAGAAUCCUUUCCAAAGAAUGAAACGCUCAAGUUAGAAGCUCAAGGAGACCAAAUCAUCAUUCACCCCAGAGCAGUGACUGCCAUGAUCACAAAACCAGUUGCUGUGGCUUUUACAUCAUACAGUGGGUUGGAAUCACUCCUAGAAGAAGCUGUACUGCAGAAUGAAACUUUACUGGAGAAUGAAAUGCUGAUGAAUGUUCAUGUGAAUUCUAGGCUGGUAAGCGCUUCCGCCAGUAGCAAGCCAAGGAACAUUUCUAUCCCAGUCAACCUCACUUUUCAGCACCUCAAGAAUAAAGUUGCCCAGGAAAGAGUUCUCUGUGUCCACCUUCAUCAAAAGGCAAUUCAUAUGAUGCUGAGGACAGAUGUCUUCUGUUUACAGGGAGAUCUAAUCCUCACCACCAUUAGCUACCUUGGGUUGUCCAUCUCAGUCAUCUGUCUCUUCCUGUGUAUUGCCACAUUUCUCUUCUGCCGCUCCAGUCACAACAGCAGCACCUUCAUCCACCUACAACUGAGCUUCUGCCUGUUUUUUGCUGACCUCCUCUUCAUAGCUGGAAUAGAUAAAACAUACAACAAGAUUCUGUGUUCGGUCAUAGCUGGAAUGCUGAAGUAUCUCUUCUUGGCCUGCUUUGUCUGGAUGUUCUUGGAAGCUGUCAAUCUCUACCUCAUUGUCAGAAACCUGAAAGUUGCAAAUUACAGUGGGGCCAGCAAGUAUAUGAAGAUAUCUAUGUACCUUUGUGGUUAUGGGCUUCCUGUCCUGAUCGUAGCCAUUUCUGCAGGAAUUAAUCCUGGAGCCUUUGGAACACUUUAUCACUGCUGGCUUAACCCAGAUUUUAUCUGGAGCUUCAUGGGACCUGUCUGUGUGAUAAUUGUGGUCAACCUAGUGUUUUUCUGUGUUAUUCUGAAGAAUUUGCAUAAAAAACUGGCAUCUCUCAAUUCAGAGAUAUCUACUGUCAAAAAUACCAGGUCACUGAUAUUCAAGGCUAUAGCCUAUGUGUUCAUCCUGGGUGUGACUUGGUGUUUUGGCCUCUUUCAAUAUGGCCCUAUGGCUGACGUUAUGGCAUAUCUGUUCACCAUCACCAACAGUGUGCAAGGAAUCUUCAUCUUCCUGGUGCACUGCUUACUCAACCAAAAGGUGAGAGAAGCAUACUGGCAUUGGAUCUGUUGCAUCAGAGACAUCAGACCUCCUGUUUCUGUGACCUCUUCUCACAUCAGCAAUUCUCCGACAGAUGUACCAAGUACUACUACAGUGGAAAACCAGAAGAUGGGAUGGGGACAAGCAGCAUAGCUCACUGACUCUCUUUUGGACUCUUCUGUUCAGUUUGAACAAAACUGAAGGAAAUUUGAAUAUACAGUAUUAAACCUUUGUUUUCUUGUUGGCUCUCUGCCCUUUAAUGCAUCUUGAAAUCCAGACCCAUACUGGAAACAUUACUUUCAGCUCAUUCCCUAUUUUCAUUGCCAUUUUCUUUCUGUUCUCUAGGAUAGGAUAGGAUAGGAUAGGAUAGGAUAGGAUAGGAUAGGAUAGGAUAGGAUAAUAUUCAGUUGUUUCAAAUUCAGAAUAUUUCAACUUUGCAAAGGUACAUAUUUAAAAUGUUUUAUGCAGCCAUGAUAUAGUACAUUUCUAACAUUCUUUUUUUGUACAUUGCUCUUUUAGGGAAUAUAGUGUGUACUGAUAGGCUGAAUCUAGGCUGGAGGAAUGCAAAGGAGAUGCCAGCAUAACAGUAUCUUGACAGCAGCAUUCCGCCCCAUAGUAACAAUGUACUUUAAAUAAAACAGAUCAAUAGAUUAUUUUUGGUGCUGCCAAAACUCCAGGUAUUUAUUGCAAUUAUAAAUCCUUAACUGUGGUAGCAUAAACACAUUGCAAACUACAGACUUUUCAGCUUUGAGAAGGAAAACACAACUGAGAUAGUCCAGAGAGACAAAACACCAGUUUAGAAACAAUGCAAGAGUGGUCAGUUUCCAGGCCAAAAUUCAGCCAGGUUAUCCAAGACAGGCCAUACAGUUAGGCUAGGAGGUAGGCGGUGGGUGUG